CGGCUGCUUUUCAAAGAGAAAAUUUGUCGUGGUAGUGAUCUUCAUGGUUGUGUCCUCGAUACCGAUAGCUAUGGCAGUCAUUGGUAUCAAAGCACUUCUUGAUCCCAAAGUUACUUGUCACUUCAUGAUUGAACUCUACCUGGCAGCGCAUGGCCUGUACUCAGUGCUGGUCCUGUUCGUCUCAUGUUUGAACGUCUGUGGAAUUUGCGUAUGCUCUGACAAAACCCAACAGCGCUGUCACGGAUUGAUGGCAUAUUUCUAUAUCGGGUUCUGUUUUGAAGGCGCAUAUGCAGUGGCUGGGUGUUUCUGCGAGGGCCAGAUAUAUAAUGAAGCACUGGCCUUCCUGAUCGUCAUGUGGAUUGUCCCGUUCAUCAUCAUAUGUCUGGUCGCAGCGAUAAUAGACGAGAACUAACCACGUGUAACAGAUGCUGACAACUCAUCACCUCACAGUGAACGAAACAAGUAGUAUGAGGACCGUGACUGGCCAACUCAACAAAUGUACAAGCUGUGAAGUAAAACCGACAUCGCCCUUUCAAAGAAAUAACUUGAAAUGUGAAAAUAUAAUUUUAUCAGAUAAAUCUUUUAUCAUUU